AGGGCAGGAGCGGGAAGGGGAACAUGGCCGCGAAGUCGGACGGCGGCAAAGCCGGUGUCGGCUGCGGCGGCGGCGGCAGCGGCUUCGCCCAGCUGUACGACGUUGACGCCGAGGAGCCGCUGGACUCCGCCGCGAUCCACAUCUGCCAGUGCUGCCGCUCCUCCGCCUGCUACUGGGGCUGCCGCUCAGCCUGCCUGGGCUCCCUGCUCGGAGGGGGCCAGCCGGUCGGAGGGGUCGGCAUCCGGGAGACCCACUGCCCUCCCCGGGAGCAGCUGUGGCUGGACUGCCUCUGGAUCAUCCUCGCCCUGCUCGUCUUCUUCUGGGACGUUGGCACGGACCUGUGCCUGGCGGCGGACUACUACCACAGGCAGAACUACCUCUGGUUCGGCCUGACGCUCUUCUUCGUGCUGGUGCCGUCCGUGCUGGUCCAGAUUCUGAGUUUCCGCUGGUUCGUGCAGGACUACACCGGCGGGGGGCUCGGAGAGGUGGAGGGGCUUACGAAGAGGGGGACGGUGGUUCAGGGCUGCCUGUAUCCCGGAAAGGACCGCCUGCAGCUGGCCACCAUCUGGCUGUGGCAGGCCACCAUACACAUCCUCCAGCUGGGACAGGUGUGGAGGUACAUCCGAACCCUCUACCUGGGGGUGAUGUCGCGGCGGCAGAAGGAGCACCAGCGGCGAUGGUACUGGGCCAUGAUGUUCGAGUACGCCGAUGUCAACAUGCUGCGCUUGCUGGAGACGUUCCUGGAGUCUGCGCCGCAGCUGGUGCUGCAGCUCUGCAUCAUGAUCCAGGAGAACCGAGCCGAGACUCUGCAGUGCGUCUCCUCCCUCGCCUCCCUCCUCUCCCUCGCCUGGGUUCUGGCCUCCUACCACAAGCUGCUGCGCGACUCCCGGGACGACCAGCGCAGCAUGAGCUACCGCGGCGCGCUACUCCACCUCUGCUGGCGCCUCUUCACCAUCUCCUCCCGCGUCCUCUCGCUCGCCCUCUUCGCCUCCCUCUUCCACAUCUACUUCGGCAUCUUCGUGGUGUUGCACUGGUGCGCCAUGGCCUUCUGGGUGGUGCACGGCGGCACCGACUUCUGCAUGUCGAAGUGGGAGGAGGUGCUCUUCAACAUGGUGGUUGGCAUUGUCUACAUCUUCUGUUGGUUCAACGUGAAAGAGGGACGGACGCGGUACCGGAUGAUUGCGUACUACACCGUGGUGUUGGCCGAGAAUACCAUCCUGACGGGCCUGUGGUACGCCUAUCGAGAUCCGGCGCUGACCGACUCGUACGCCGUCCCGGCCCUCUGCAGCGUCUACCUGACGUUCGCCGGGGGCGUCCUCGUCAUGUUCCUGUACUACGGCUUCCUGCACCCGGCCACCGCCCACCUCCAGCCAAGCCCAGCCUCCUCCUGCUGCGCCCAGCUGCUCUGGGGUCUGCCGCUUCCCCCGUCGGCCCCACCCACUGCCCCGCCCACCCCGGCACACAUGGCCAAGUCGCAGACGGAGGAGGACGUGGCCGAGUCGUGCCUUCCCGUCUUCCAGGUGAGGUCCGCCCCCCCGACCUCCAAGCCCGAAGGCCCGCUGAUAAAAAUCGACAUGCCCAGGAAGCGCUACCCGGCCUGGGACGCUCACUACGUAGACAGGCGCCUGCGGAGGACUAUAAACAUCCUGCAGUACAUAACGCCGGCCGCCGUGGGCAUCCGCUACCGCGACGGGCCGCUACUGUACGAACUGCUGCAGUACGAGUCUUCACUCUGACACACACACACAUACAGAGGUACACUUGAGCACAUACAGCACUAGAAAAUCUACAUGUGGAUGUUCAAACUUAGAGAAGACAAAGGAAAAAAAGUCAUGAGCAAAAGGUCUCACUUGAUAUAAGCACAUGCACACUGAAGCAAUCUCACUUUUAAGCACACACACACACACACCCGCACACACUUCUUGUAAGUCCCGUGGCCGUGACUCAGCAAGCUGCUUCAGUCCAUCUUCUUCUUUCUCACUUCUUUCUCUCUUCACUUGGUCUCGUUUUUAUGAACCUCCCUUCCGUUCUCUGCCAUGUAGAUGGACAAAAAAAAAUUUAAAAGAGAAACAAGCACAUUUCUACAGCAGCGCAAUUAUCACACAUUGAGUGACACAAAAGAGCGAAAAAAUUGUCACUUAAAAAAAAUAAAUGGGAUCGUCAAUAUGUGGUUAGUCUAGUCAAAGGGUUGUGUAAAUAUUUUCUUUGUACAGAGCAGAUAUUUUUAAUGUAAUGUUACUUUGCGGCUGGACAAAGAGCUUAAGGACAGUUUGGGAGCGAUGAAGGUUACUAGGGAAGGGCAAAAGAGGCAGACAACAGUAUUAACGUCAAAAACUUGGAAACAAAUGUCUCAUCUUACGUUUUAGCUAUUCAGCGUCUAUCAGAUCAUCAAUAACCAGAACAAUAAAAAUAUAAUAUAAGCUUAGUUUGGUUCAGAAUUACCAGUCAUGGUUUGCCUGAAUACAUUCAAACAAAGGCAACAUAAUAUAAUUUAGAGAAAAACAUACUAAAUAACUAGUUUUGUUUUGUUGUUUUAGUUUUUUGUUCUGUAUAAAUGGGAUUACAUGUCCACUCUUAAACCCAUAGCUAUUCACAGCCUUUGUAGCUGUAGAACUAUCUAGUCAGAGAUUUCUGCAAAAAUGAGAAACUACGAUCAAAAUAUUCAUUAAUAAUUCAACAGAUUGAUAUAAAACAACAAAAGUAAUACAAUUUUAAUUCCAGAAGGAUUAACUAAGACCUGCUUUAUUCCUCUCAGAAGCGUUAAAAAUUAGUUCUUUUGCCUUCAUCACUGUCUUCAUUAGCUUUGUUGUGCUAAUUUAAGAUAUAUUUUCAGAAUACACCAGAUAAACCUAAAUAUUUUGGACUAAACAAUACUGCUUGUAUAUUAUGUAAAGAAAGUAAUUAUAAACACAUCAGAUCCACUAUAUUUAAUACUAGUCACAAAAGUCCCUGCCGUUUGCUUAGUCAAGAAAGAAGCAUAAAAACAGAGAAACAGAUAUGAGGCAGCAUAAUAUGCUGUGCAUGUGUUACCUAACUGUUUUCCACUUUUCCUUACAAAGGUUGUGGGAGGCUUUAAUACUUUACUCAGACUGUCAAAAACUGCUAACACUUAGUAAAUCGGUUCAUGUCAGUGUUGGACCACAGCAAAAAUCCCAGAUCUGGAAUUUACAACAGAGGGCAAAUGCACGACUAAUUAUUUCUGAUCGCAGCGUUUGUGUGUGAUGUCUUAUUCACGCCGGCCGUUCCUACGCUAACAGAAGCUGAUAUGAAACAGUUGUGGACCUGAGUCGUCACGACCCCCCCUGGAUGACUUGUCUCCUCGUGCAUCAUGUCCAGCAUCGACUCCUCCAAAAGCCACCCACGGCUGAGCUGUGAUGUGUGGCUCAUUAUUUAUUUAUUUUUGGUUUGUUUAUCCCUGGUAUACAAGCUGUUACAUUGGCAGGCGACAGCAAAUGGUGCCGAUGCAUCAAUCACGGCCCUGUCUGCAGGAAUGGUGGCGAAAUGACACGCCGUCGGGCGGGGGGGGGAGGGUGGUCACUCUCGCACCAUGGGGUUCAGGGUAAAAAAAAAACAUUUUUUCACCUUGCACUUGCAUAUAAGCAGGAGAGCAGGUGAAACACAAAUAUGUGCUUAUUUUUUACAUUUGCAUUCCCAAUAUAAAUUAAAAGAAAUAUAACAUUUUGAGUUAAAAAGUUGGUAUUUAGCCAUAUUUUUUUAGCUUUAUUCUAAAUUGUCCUAUAACUGUUCAUAUGUAAAAAUUGUUCCCCUGUAUGUAGAUCUGAAAAAAAACCAAAUUAUUAGCUGUUACUUCAUUAAAUCAUUUAUGCUGAUGCAGAAUUUAGAAAUAGAAACAGUGAUAAGUGCUUAGUCACUGAGGCUAUCUGUUAGCAAACCGGUUUCUGAAUGUGGAACAACAUAACAUUACGGUUAGAUUUCAUUACUAGACUCAAGUUAAGACUUCAACACAACAAAAGUGGCAAUUGGGACUUCUAUUCAGCUAAUGCUUCACAUACAAUACACCGACAUGUCAGAUAUUUUGACAAAAGCUAAAAAACAGUUUGAGCAAAAAGUAGUUGGACACACUAUCUUAGCAUAAACCCCUGAAAUAAUUAAAUAUCCACAUAGCCCGGCUAAAUAUUAGGAAAUGUGUCAGGAUAUUUGAUGAAGAGAGAACUAGGACUGAAAUUAAUGAAAAAUUAGCUUAGCAAAACACAGUUAGCCUGUCUCAGAGUAAGCCAAUUAGUCAUAGCCUGACUGAAUGACAUCAAAUACGUCCACGUUUUUUUGUGAAGAGAAUAUUUGAACUCAUGCUGAAGAAUAAUUGGAAAUUGUCACCAAAAAUUGGGUUCAAAAAUUAGCAUUAGCCUGUAUCUGACGAAGCUAAAUAAUCAGCCAUGUUUUCAAAUAUGUCCACAUAUGUUGUGAGGCAAAUAUUUGAUCUCAAGCUAAAGUAGAAAAAUUAUUUAAACUGCUCCUGUAUGUGAACAUUAGAACACAAUGCAGGAAUGACAAUCUUCUGGUUUAUUUGUAUUUAUUUUUCUUGGGUAUGAUGGAAAGGUUGCCUUCACUGACUGUACAAACUAUUCUUAUACAGUCUAUAGUGAUUUACACCAAAUAUUUCUGACCAAUAUCACAAAUGAGACAGGAGGAUGAACCUUAUUUAACUGUCUCCAUCCCAAGAUUUAGAUUAAUUCCAGUUACUAUGAAAUUAGCAUUUUUAGAAAUAUGCAGAUAUUCAUGGCAAAGCGGAAAAAAAACACGCCAAACUAUUGAUUUAAGCUUGGAUAAUGCAACUUUUAUUACUUUUACCCUGGUGCUAGCCCGAUUAACAAAACAGACAAAUCAUUUGCUACAAUCCGGCAAAGAGAUUCAGUCUUUCCAGAUGUGCAACAGAAGCAGCUUUGUUGCUGUUCAUAUGGUGCAAAUGCUCUCAAGCUACAGAGUCAAUUGGCUGCUAAUCCCUUUUCAUAUGGUGCAAACAUGAAACACACGUGUACUUACGGUGCAAUAUGGGCAGAUUGUCUCCUGGAAUUAAAUGGUGCAACUUGAGUACUGCCUUCAGUUCUCGGCCAAGGCUGUGCCAAAGGCUCCUUCUAAGUGGACAACUGCUCUUCCUGUCUUGCAGAAGCUAUGCAAGUCUCCAAAGCAAGGAGAUGUGCUUAGUGUACACACACACACACGCACACACACACACAAUCACAAUUGCAUGAACACAGGGUUUUCCUCUGCAGCAGGGAGAUAUGAACACAGCCACAUCGUGAAAAGUAGGGUAACAACAUGGGAUGUACCUCAGUGCUCAAACACACACACACACACACACACACACACACACACACAAACACACACACAGACCUACAAUGUUGAAUAUUCCUUCACCCCUUUAUAAUUUGGGAACAAUAUUCUUAUGGUGCUAUUGAGUAAACCAGAAAGAUUUUUGUAUAGUUGUGGUGGCAGUCAAGAAUUUAGCCAAAAAUGUUUAGAGAACCUUAAUGUUUUACAUUCUGACUGAAAUGUGUAAAUCUAAGGAGUGUAUGUGAAAACUGCAGCACCUUGCGUAUGUGAUUAAAAAAAAAAAAAAGCUACAAUGCCUUAUCCGCUCCAUUGAUGAUAUCUGGCUCAUGGCGGGGUGGUGCUCCUUUCUGUUACACUCUGAUGUGGAUGUGGAAAACAGCACACUGUGUCCGCACUGCAAACCGACUACGUGCCAUUUUCAGAACACGGUCAGCCAUUUUCCUGUCAGUUUCACAAACCGUGCUUGUGAAUUUCUUGCAUGAAUGUUGUAGAUUUGAGGACCCGACUGCAGACGCAACGCGUUAACCAAGAGACUGCGAAAUCAUUUUGAGCUCCUGAGCAUUCGACCCAUUGGCUUAUCCUCCAUCAUGCCCCUCCAGCCAAUCAGAUUUCAGGUCUAACUGCAGCCAAAUCAGGUGUAAAACAACCAAAUAGUACAGUUUCUUUUAUACAUGGAAGCCUUCAUCGGAACUCGACUGCAUUUUAU